CUCCCAGUGUUAGUGUUGCUAGUAGGAAGUCUGGUUCUCCUAUGAUUAAGGUGGUUGAGGGUCCAUCACCUUCAACUAGGCAGCUUAUCAUGGAUCUUCCUCAUAGUUUGAUGACUGAUGAAGAAAUAGAUGCUCUUGAUGUUCCUGAAUAUGUGAAGAACAUGCACAAGUUGAAGAGGAAUGCGCUUGCAUUCUGUCAAGUGAAUUUGGAGAUUGCCCAGAAUAUUCGGGAGGAAGGCGAGAAGCUGUCUCAAGACAGUAUUUCUCUGGAUGAUAGUGAAGUAUUUAACCCAGAUUUUCUGAGUCAAAUUGACGACAUAUGCAAGCGUCAUUUGGAAGCGAAAGACAGUGCAAACAAAGUUGAUCCUACAAUUUCACUAUUGGUGAAGCGGCCUGUUGAAUUGGAGUUUGGAAGAAUUGAAAAUGUUCCUGAUUUGGAUUCUGGUGUUCAUGGAGUUGAUUUGAAAGAAGGAAAUGAUGAAAAAGAAGGAGAGGAGGAUGAGAAGAAGAUGAAUGCUGAUGAUGAUCAGCAUAAAGAAGAUGAUGAUGAUGAUGAUGAUGAUGAUGAUGGUGAUGAUAAGGAUCACCAGAAUUAUAAGAAGAAAGGAUGA